AUGGUCAAGGUGUUGCUCUGCGGCGACGUCGGGAGCGCAUGGCCCGCGCUCCGCGCUCGCGUCGAGAAGCUGCAUGCGUCGGCGCAUGGGCCCUUCAACAUGGUGCUCUGCACGGGCGCGUGCGACGUGUCGGCGCUCGACGACGCCGCCUGGCCGCUGCCCGUGUAUGCGCUGGCGGCGCCGGGGACCGCAAGUACUGCGAUCACCAACCUCCACCUCGUCUCGACCAACAGCGUCCUCGAGCUCUGUGGGCUUCAGGUGGCCUUCUUGGCCGAUGAAGCCGCCGGUGCAGCGUUCGCGGCAGCGCUGGCGCCCGUCGACGUGCUAGUGACCGCGGCCUACCCCGACGGCUUUGACGCGCUCUUGCCAGACAAGGUUCCGGUCGCGAUCCAGCACGUGGGCUCCAAGGAAGCGCGGCUCGCGGCCCAAGCGGCGGUGCCACGAUACCACAUUGUGGGCACGCAUGGCGUCUUCUACCAGCAUCUACCGUACGUCACGGACGUCCCGAGCGCUGGUCGUCGCGUCUCGCGUCUCAUUGGCCUCGGCCACGUCGGCGCCUCGGCCGACAAGGACAAGAAGUGGCUCCAUGCACUCAACCUCGAGCCGCUGCAAGAAGGCGUCUCGGUCGAGAUCCCGCCAGGCACGACGCAGUCGCCGUUUCAAGCCAAGCGUCGCGGGGACGCCAGUGAGCUCGGGACCAAGCGCCUGAGAACGGACGGGCUUUCGGCCGACAAGGUUCAGAAGCUCACGCAACAAAGCCAGAACGCUGGGCAGUUUCGCUACGACCCGGCGCUCGCGGCGCAAGGCCAAGGUGCGCACGAGCAGAUUCGUCGCCCCGUCGUUGCCAACCGGUCCGAGUGCUGGUUCUGCCUCGCGACGCCGACGGUCGAGACGCAUCUCAUUGUGAGCAUUGGUGACGAGGCCUACGUGGCGAUUCCGAAAGGCCCGAUCGUGCCCGACCACGUGCUCAUCAUCCCGAUCCAGCAUGUCUCGAGCAUGCGCAGCCUCUCGCCGGCUGCCGCAGCCGAAGUCGACAAGUUCAAAUCGGCGCUGGAAAAGCUCUUUGCGAGCCAGGGCAAGUCGCUCAUUUUCAUGGACCGCAACGUCUCGACGCUCGGUGCUGCGCACGCCCACCUCCAAGUCAUUCCCGUGCCCGCGGAUGCCUUGGCGCACGUGGCGCACAUUUGCUUUGAGGAAGGCAAGCAGUACAAUGUCGACUUUGAGAUGCUGUCGCCCGACGCGCCGCUGCCGACGUCGCCGUCCGAGUACUUUUUGGUGAGUUUUCCCGACGGCGCGGGCGGCUACACCCGGCUGUACCACGCGGUGCGCGGGAAGCACUACAUGCAGUUUGGCCGCCACGUGGCUGCGACGCUCCUCGACAUGCCGCGACGAGAAAACUGGAAGUACUGCGUCGUGCCCAAGGACGAAGAAACGGCCAUGACGGACGCCUUCCGCAAGGCGUUCGCGCCCUUUGAUUUCGCGGCGCUUCAUGACUAA